UUCCUGUUAAUUAGAGAAUUAGAUCUCAAGAACAGUGUUAUUUCUUUACAACACGAUGUUUGUGACGGUCUUGUUCCUGCUGUUACAAUUUUGCGCCUCCGUUUUUGGGGCCCACCGCGAGUUGUUACCGUCGAAGGCCCCAUCGAACUUGACGUUACUGGAAAUAAAUCAGGGGCAAGUUUUGAUCCAGUGGGACCCCAUUGAGCCUGACACCGUCCGGGGCAGCUUCAAGGGGUACUUGGUACGGACCUGGAACCACGCCGGGAGUCUAGUUUACGCGUUUCCCCCAGACGUGACUAGAGCCAGUAUUGAUUUUUUCCCUUUUUCGAAAAAUUUUAUCACGGUUUCGGUCCGUAACGAAAAAUACGUGGGCCCCCCGAGCGAGGCGAUCAGUUUCGACGCCCCCCAGCGAGAACCGCAAAGUCCCCAAACCCUUCACAUUUUUACUUUAAGCAAUAAGUCGGUUCUGAUUCGGUGGAGUAAACCAAGCCAACCGAACGGCAUACUUCUAGGCUACAGGAUUUAUUGCCGCGAAAUGAACGACACGUUUGGUGAAAUAAAAAGGGAGACCUCGCAUCUAAUCAAUGAUCCGGACAAGUUUCAAGCUAAAUUAACUGGACUGGAAGAAGGAGUGAAAUACCAGAUCGGCGUUUCUGCCGUUAACUGUGCCGGAGAAAGCGAUGUAACUAAGGCGGGGAUUGUCUUAGGGCCCCACACCCCGGUCGAGCCCUUCCCAUCGAGAUUUGUGUACAAAACUAAUUACACAACGCCAAAGAGGGACGAAAAGUGUUACAAAACUCUUACAAGUCCGGCUGAAGAGGAGGACGAGGAAGUGGAUGAUUAUUACGAUUAUUUGCUUUAUAAUCACACGAAUUAUAAGGAAACAACCCCAAGUCCUGUGAAAACCGACUACGAGCAAAACUGUUUGGUCGAUUGUCUCGUGUUGUGGAUGCCUGACGUCAGUAAUAAUCCGGGCGAGUAUUUCUAUCUGAAAUACAGAGUGAGGGGCGAGACGGAUUACACGGUCACGGAGCCGGAAACCAGCGAAGAUUUUAUUUUGUUGCGCAAUUUCGACGCGUGCAAGAAGUACGAGAUGGUCAUAGUUGCAGUUGAUGGCGAGUUCAGCACGGAAAGCGGAACCGUGUUUACUCCCCCGAAAUUGUAUUCAAAUAUUUUAUAGUUUAUGUAAGGUGGUUACGCAAUAAAUAAUACAGCAUGGA